AUGAUUGAACCCGCCCAUAUUCAAGCAUUCGCAGGUGGAAUGAAAACUUUUGAUACUUUUUUUUUCAUUCAUUCAGUUUUCCUCGAACUUAUGUGAGAAACUUUGUUAACGUUUCAGAAUUAAAAGUGACUCACAAAAAUUGUUUUUAUUUCAGUCCUGGUCCAAAUAAUGCGAUGAUGAGUUCAAAAUUUGACGAAAUGAUCAAUUCAUUUCUUAAUUUUGGAUCCAGCACAUCGAUUGUGGCUGUGACUUAUUCAGCAAUCGGGAUUAUCGGGUUUUUCUGCAAUAUGACCACAGUCAUCAUGAUUUUGAUCAAUCGAGUAUUUCGAUUAUCAGCCUAUACAAUUAUGGCAAAUGUUGCAUUGGCUGAUAGUGUUGUCAUGUUAAUCGGUGAGCAAAAAAUCACAGCCUUCUAAAUCCUAUUAUUUUUUUCAGCCGGAGUCGCUUGUGGCAUGGAUAUGAUGGGUCCCAAUACAACAACAAUGUCUCUUUUUGAAUCUACAGAUUCUCAGGUACCAGAAAAAUAUCCUCUCAAUUUUAGCUUGUACCUCAUUUUGCUUUUCAGACGAUGAACAUAUCAAAACCACAUCCGGAAGUGAAUUAUAACAAAAAUGCACAUUUCAUCCUCUCGUUCUCCUUUGUUGCUGCUUGGACUGCGGGAGUUGUAAGUUCGAAGAAAAUUGUUUGAUUCACCUGUUUCUGUCAAUGAAAGCUUUCUUGACAAUUGUCAGAGACAGGUGAAAGAAUUUGCAAAAUUUCAUUUUUUAAAUUAAAAUUUAAUGGAUACUGUAGAUUUGAUGUCUGAACACUUAUGUUAGUUGGAAAACACUAGGAAGUAUUUUCUUGGUAUAUCUAAUUAGAAUUGUUUUCAAUAGUUCUGAAACCAAGAUUUUUCCUAUCUUCAAAUAAUUUCAGAUAAGUUAUGCCAUGCUUGGAAUGAAUCGAUGUAUUGCGAUUUGCUAUUAUGGAACCAAAGCUCGAAGUUUGAAUCGAGUUUCGGUUGCGAUUGCUUGCUCUGGGAGCACUUGGAUUGUUGGAAUUGCUGCAGGUUUGUUGCAAGGUUGCAAACUCUAAAAACUCAACGUAAUUUUCACAUUCUAGCAUUCGUUGGAACAUAUGAGAAACCAAUGAUCGGAAUUCAAAGAUCAAUGUGGACAAUAAGUUUUAUGGAAUCUCAACCGCAUCAAAGUAUUGUUUUCCAUAUUUUUUCGAAAAUAACAUUUGUUUACAUUUCAGCUUUAUUUUUUGCAAUUCUCUGUGCCGCAAAUCUUUUUGGUUUGGGUGCUCAAUGGGUUUGCUCCACUUUGGUGCUUCUCAAAAUUCGACAGGUUAAGAAGAAGAUCAGUAAAAAUAAAUUGAAUCAAAAUUCUGCAAACAGAUUUAGAAAACAGGUAAUUAAAAAGAUGAGAAAUAAAAGAAGUGAAUUUUGAAUAUGAAUAAAAUUUAGGCACGAUUAACGUUCCAAUUUUUCUACCCAUCAAUUCUAUGCACAAUCUCAACAUUUUUGUUUUUCAUCAAACCUUACACAUAUCAAUCAUUAAGCGGAUGGCAACUUGUUCUACUUCAUUUGGUAUGUUUCUCACAAUUUCCUGAAGACUUUUCCUUUUUUGUUUCUAGAUCUGGUUAUGUAAUCACACGUGUAAUCCAUUUAUCUAUGCAUACUUCAACGAUCGUAUGAGAUUAACAUAUAAAGAAAUCUUAACUUGCGCAGCAAUCAGAUAUCAAAUAAGAAAACGGCGUGCAAGUCAUUUAUUCCGAAUGCAUGGUCGACAUAAUGUUUCCAGGUAUACUUAUUUUAUUUAUUCAUGUUUUAUUUUAUUUAUCAAUAAAAGACCAAUAAUCAAAAAUCUGAAUGAAAAAAAGAAAGAAAAAAAACGCUAAAUUAAUUAUUCAGAAGAUCAAAUGCAGCUGGAAUGAAAUCGACCAGAAUAUCUGCAAGAUCAGGAGGGCGCACAAAUCGAGACGGCAAUUUCGUGCGUAAUUCAUUGCAGAUGCAGGUGAAAAAUUGUUGAACAUUUGGAACUUAAAGUUUAUUAUGUCUUGUGUUUUUUCAGAGUCGAGAUUUCGAGCAACUCUGCGAGUUUAUUAUGAGAGUUAAUCCAUUGUAUGAUUCAAGUGAAGGAUGGAGAGAAAGUAGUGAUGAUGAACCAUCUUUCCAACCAGAGGUAUUUUACAUACAAAAAAAGAGCGGUUUUUGAUGUUUACCAAGUGAUUGGCAAUCUAAAAAUAUCAUAUUUAUGUUUUGAAUCAAUCCACAUCACUUUAUGAUUCUGAAUUUGUACCUACAAAAUUCAAAACCAAAACAAACAAAUUUUCAGUUCACAAAAGAGAUGGAUUCAAUUCGUGAACAAGGAUCUUCUCGAUUCGAAAACAAUGAUCGAGAAGCAAAAUCAAUUGUAUUAGAUCUUGGCCGGCAAACUGUUGAACAUUGGGUCAAAUUUGCCAAAAAAGCAAGCAUCUAA